AUGUCGUCAAGACCAGAGCUCAAGGUCGACGAUGAAGUGGGCUUCAUUCGUUUCUUUCGAUCGUUGCCCUCCAAUGAUGAUUCAACCAUUCGAGUAUUCGAUCGUGGAGACUGGUUCACAGCUCAUGGAAGUGAUGCGGAGUAUAUCGCGCGCACUGUAUAUAAAACAACUUCUGUUUUACGGUCUCUCGGUCGAUCCGAAACAAGCGGAUUGCCUUCAAUUACUCUGACGGUCACUGUUUUUAAAAACUUUCUUCGCGAAACGCUCUUCCGCGCAGGCAAGAGGAUAGAGAUAUGGUCCUCACAAGCUGGCAAGGGAACUUGGAAAUUAAUCAAGCAAGCGAGCCCUGGAAAUCUACAGGAUGUGGAAGAUGAACUAGCCUCCGGAGGUGGUAUGAUGGACACCUCACCGAUUAUUCUUGCGGUAAAAAUAUCAGCCAAAUCGUCUGAGACUAGGCAUGUGGGUGUUUGCUUCGCAGAUGCAAGUGUAAGAGAGUUGGGCGUCAGCGAAUUUGACGAUAACGAUAUCUACUCGAAUUUCGAAUCAUUGGUUAUUCAAUUAGGGGUCAAGGAAUGCCUGGUGGUUGCGGAAGGUCAGAAGAAAGACACUGAACUUACGAAAAUUCGAGCGAUUGCGGAUAGUUGUGGAAUUGCGAUUUCCAGUCGGCCAGUAGCAGACUUUGGAGCGAAAGAUAUUGACCAGGACCUAUCACGGCUCCUUAAGGAUGAGCGAGCUGCUGGAACACUACCACAAACGGACUUGAAGCUAGCUAUGGGCGCUGCAGCUUGUCUGAUUAAAUACUUAGGCGCUAUGUCGGACCCUUCGAAUUUUGGUCAAUACCAACUAUACCAGCAUGACCUCUCACAAUAUAUGAAACUAGAUUCGGCCGCUCUUCGUGCUUUGAAUUUGAUGCCAGGCCCGCGCGAUGGACUAAAGAGCAUGAGCGUGUAUGGCCUUUUGAACCAUUGCAAAACUCCUGUUGGAGGCCGACUACUUGCGCAAUGGCUGAAGCAGCCCCUUAUGGAUUACCAAGCAAUUCAAAAGAGGCAGCAACUGGUCGAAGCGUUUGUCACAGACACUGAAUUGCGGCAAACCAUGCAAGAGGACCAUCUACGGUCUAUACCUGAUCUUUACAGACUGGCGAAAAAAUUUCAAAGAAACGUAGCAAAUCUUGAAGAUGUUGUUAGAGUAUAUCAGGUGGUGAUUCGAUUGCCGGGCUUUCUCAAUACCCUUGAAGAAGUUAUGGACGAACAAUACCAAGGGCCGUUGGAAACAGAGUAUACUUCAAAAAUUCGAAGCUUCUCGGAGAGUUUUGAUAAAUUAGCGGAGAUGGUAGAGACUACCGUGGACUUGGAAGCUUUAGAUCGCCAUGAAUUUAUCAUCAAACCUGAAUUUGAUGAUAGUUUACGCAUAAUUCGAAAAAAAUUAGACAAGUUGAGACAUGACAUGGACGUUGAACACCGGGACGUGGGUCGCGAUCUUGGCCAAGAUAUCGAAAAGAAGCUCUUUCUCGAGAAUCAUAGGGUCCACGGAUGGUGCUUUCGGCUGACCAGAAACGAAGCGGGUUGCAUCCGGAACAAACGAGAAUAUCAAGAGUGCUCGACCCAGAAGAAUGGGGUUUAUUUCACCACAUCUACAAUGCAAUCUCUUCGGCGAGAACAUGAUCAGCUAUCGCAGAAUUACAACCGGACUCAAACUGGCCUGGUAAAUGAAGUAGUGAAUGUGGCAGCCUCCUAUUGUCCUCUCCUCGAACAAUUAGCUGGCGUACUUGCCCACCUUGACGUGAUUGUGAGCUUUGCUCAUGUGUCCGUCCAUGCCCCGACACCCUACGUCCGACCCAAGAUACAUCCUCGUGGAACUGGUAAUACAAUUCUAAAGGAAGCUCGCCACCCUUGUAUGGAAAUGCAAGACGACAUCUCUUUCAUCACCAAUGACGUCUCUCUCGUUCGAGAUGAGUCCUCCUUCCUUAUCAUCACAGGCCCCAAUAUGGGCGGUAAAUCUACUUACAUCAGACAGAUUGGUGUGAUUGCACUUAUGGCACAGACGGGCUGUUUUGUACCAUGCUCUGAGGCCGAGCUUACAAUUUUUGAUUGUAUCUUGGCUCGCGUAGGAGCAAGUGAUUCUCAACUCAAGGGUGUGUCGACGUUUAUGGCUGAAAUGCUUGAGACCGCAAAUAUUCUGAAAACUGCGACAUCGGAAUCAUUGAUUAUUGUCGACGAACUUGGACGUGGAACGAGUACAUACGAUGGUUUUGGCCUGGCUUGGGCUAUUUCGGAGCAUAUCAUCACUGAAAUUCGAUGCUUUGGCCUUUUUGCGACACAUUUUCAUGAGCUGACUGCGCUUGAAGAGCGGUAUCCGAAAUCGGUCAAAAACCUACAUGUUGUAGCGUUCAUUGGUGAUAGUGCAAACGAAGGGCAGAACGGCACGAUUGCAAAGAAGAAACAAGAGGUCACUUUACUCUAUCGUGUUGAGCCGGGUGUUUGCGAUCAGUCAUUUGGUAUUCAUGUUGCUGAGCUUGUUCGUUUCCCUGAGAAGGUUGUUAACAUGGCACGGCAGAAAGCAGAGGAACUUGAAGAUUUUUCCACAUCCACAACCGAGAAAGGAGAGGGUCCCAUGGAUGUUGACCAUUACUCUACUGAAGAAGUCGCGGAAGGGAGUGCUCUGUUAAAAGAAAUGCUUGUCAAGUGGAAAGCCAAGGUCGAGGCCCCUGGAAACGAGGAUAUGUCAGUGGAGGAGAAAAGGCAGAUCAUGAGGGAUCUCGUACAGGCCGAUGAUCAACUGAAAGCGAAUAAGGUCUUUCAGCAUAUCAAAGCUCUAUAA